CAAAAUUCUUCAUAAAUAAUGUCUUAUUUAAUAGACUGACAUUGAAUGCUGUGAAAAAUGCCAAUCUUCGUCGAGGGGGAAAUGCUGGAUAAGAAUUGYCUGUCUGUCAGCCUAAUUAUUGAAAGAUUUCCAGACCUUGAAAACAAUGCCAAGGCAUUUCGGAGUCAAUCAACAAGACAAGUCCCUAGUUCUGGUCUGUUAUAUGUCAUGCAAAGAGAGUUUGCCACAGUCAGCCCUGCUGAUGGUAAUGUAACAGUCAUGGGCUCUGAGGAUGCAACAACAUGCCAUAUCGUCUGUAUCAGGAAUAAAGGUACUGGMACAACAAGCCUAUGCCAUUUAGAUGGAUGUGCAAUGGAAGAAGCAAUUAAUAAUAUGGUUGAUUCAGUCUCUGAUGGUCUACAAAAUGAAAUCGACUUACACAUGUUUGGUGGUUUCCUGGACGACAGACAAAUAUCAGUACAAAUAACACAUGAAAUCCUAUCAUCAUUUCACAGCAACUCCUCAAAAAUCAAUCUGUGUACUUUCUGCGUAACUGAUUUAAAUGACACAGUUAAAAAUGGACUCCAUUAUCCAGUAGUUUACGGCGUAGCAAUUAACGUCAAGACUGGGGAAUUUUUUCCUGCAACAUUUCCUCAUAAAGGACCAGACUACCAUCUAAGACAUGUUAGAUGUUUAACUCAUGGACACGAAAAGGUGAUUCAAGUGUAUAAUUCCACAAUUGGUGAACUUCAAAUUGGACCAUUUAAUUAUGAAUUUUUUAGGAAAGCCACAUUUUUUAUGAAUGCACCAGAUGACUCCAUCUUGAAGACUUUGUCCACAUCACCACACUGUGAGUCACCASGUUUUUGUGAUGAAACAAGAGCCACUAUGACAUACCUUGUAAACAAUCCAGAACCACUGAAGACAGUCUUUCCUGAUGGUACUCCCCACAGAUACACAAGGAACAGUGAUAAUGAAUGGCAGAGGGUUGGACAACCGUAGAAUGGCAAUUAUUUUGGAUUAAUUAAUUAUUCUAAAGUUGUAACAAAAUGUAAACGAAUAUUUAAUAACAUUACAAUCAUGUAAAAUAAAAACUACAAAUGUAUUUUCAUUGAUGCUCGCAAAAUUUGCGAUGCGCAGAAAUAAACGGGCUUUUCACAAACA